AUGACAGAGCAAGUAGCCGCCAGACGACGCAAGCCAGAGCCGCAGGCAGCUCGCGUCGAAGAGCUGUCCGAUUCUGAGGCCGAUUCCUUCGAUGAAGCGGAGAGGAAGGUCAAGGAAAUCAGAAAACAAAAGGCAGCGGCGCGGAGACGGGCCGAAGAACAAGACGAUGACUACACCACAGCCAACCUCUUCGUCGAUAUCCUUCGUGUCUUAUCUUUCCUUUUCCUUGCCUCAUGUGGUCUGAGCUACCUGAUCUCCAAUGGAGAGACAUUCUUCUGGGGCAUGUCCAACCCACCGAAGUACCUACGCAUGGAUUGGUGGAAGAGGCAGAUUAACGGCCCAAUAUACCUUACGCCUGCCGAGCUCGCCCAAUAUGACGGCACCGACCCAACAAAACCCAUCUACCUCGCCAUCAACUGGACCAUCUACGAUGUCUCUGCCAACCGGGCAACCUACGGCCCAGGCGGCAGCUACCACUGGUUCGCUGGAUGCGAUGCCUCUCGAGCAUUUGUGACGGGCUGCUUCGCCGAGGACCGCACGCCCGAUAUGCGCGGCGUGGAAGAGAUGUUCCUACCGAUUGAGGACCCAAUUGAGGAUGCUAAGUACUGGACACCAGAGGAGCUUCGGGAGAUGCGUCGCCGCGAGCGCGCUGAGGCCAAGCAACGGGUGCACGAGGCGUUGGCGCACUGGUCAAGGUUCUUUGCUGAAAGCCAGAAGUACCAUUUUGUUGGGUAUGUUAAGAAGCCUGAGGGCUGGCCAAAGAAUGAGCCGAGGAGGAAGCUGUGCGAUGCUGCUGCAAAGGGAAGGAGAAAGAGGACGCCGCCGAAGAAAGACGAAAGGAAGGAUGGUAAAUGA